AGAAGGGAUAAUUUUUUUUUGUUAUGAUGUUUUAUGUAACACUGUUGUUCUUUUUAAUCUGUUAUUAAAUGUAGUUAUAAUCGUUAGUUUGUGUUUCAAUUCAAUGUCAAGAAACACACGGCGUAACAGUGGCGACGAGAAUUUUAAAUUGUUGUUUUCGUUUCGUGAUUUCGUGAUAUUUUUGUAAACUACAUUUCGCCACCCGCGCGGAAGAAACGAAAAAGAAUGGAGAACGAGGACAGUAUGCGUGACGUCAAGCAGCAGCAGUUCCGUACACAGCAGCAGCAGCAGCAACAGUUCAUUUCAACACCCGCAUCAGCAUCCGGGCAACUGUUUGCGUCUCCCCCCUCGGCCUGUUCAACAACAAGUUCCUCUCACGACAGAAGGAUUGCUGUUGCAAGUGAUGCAGAUGUUCCAACAACAGCACUUGCAGCAGCAGCAGAUGAUGAAUCAAAUCCUGCAACGGCAACAACAGAGCGAAGAACAACAGCAUGUAUUCAUGCAGAACGUCGUAUCGUCAAUCAAGGUGCAAGUACCGCCGAAUCCAGAGCACAUUCUCGACUCGUUGGCGAAUAACAUCAAGGAUUUUCGCUACGAUGUCGAGAACAACAUAACAUUUGCUGCAUGGUACACCCGAUACGACGAUCUGUUUGAGAAAGAUGCUUCACGACUGGAUGAUGACGCAAAAGUGCGGCUUUUGAUGCGGAAGCUUGGUGUUUCAGAACAUGAUAGGUACGUCAGUUUCAUUCUGCCCAAACUACCAAAAGAUUUCUCUUUCAGUCAAACGAUAGAGAAGUUGAAAAUGCUGUUUGGUUGCAAAGAGUCGGUAGUGAGCAGGCGCUACAAAUGCUUGCAGAUUAGCAAGAAUCCGACAGAAGAUUUCAUCACCUUUGCCUGUCGUGUGAAUAAACAUUGCGUCGAGUUCGAAUUGGGUAAACUGACGGAGGACCAAUUCAAGUGCCUUAUGUUCGUCUGCGGAUUGCGAGCAGAGAGUGAUGUUGAUAUUCGAAUGCGUCUUCUGUCUAAAAUUGAAGAGCAUUCUGACGUCACGCUGGAGAUAAUUUCUGAGGGAUGUCAGCGUCUCCUCAAUUUGAAGCAUGACAAUGCUAUGAUUGAGUCGCAACCCACACAAGUGAAUACGAUCAGACACCAGUAUCGCAGGAAACAGUUCGUACGUCGAGAGCAAUCUAUACCGAAGCCAGCGAGUGGGAGUAAAGAGAAACCACAAACUCCUUGUUGGUUUUGCGGCGCGUUUCAUUUCGCGCGUGAUUGCGGCUUCAAAAGCCACAAAUGCUCUGAUUGUGGGCAGUUUGGACACCGUGAAGGAUACUGCAACAGCGCGAAGAAGGCACGGGGGAGUAUGCGAAGGCGUAAGAAGCUGAAUGUGGCAAGCAGGGUGGUGAAGGUGAACGAGUGUUCUGUACAGAAGCGAAGGAGAUUCGUUCCCGUUUUACUUGGGGGGUUCAAGUGCGUCUGCAGCUUGAUACUGCCUCCGAUAUCACCAUCAUCAGCAAGCAGCUUUGGCGGAAGAUUGGUAGUCCUGUCCUGGAUCCAGCAACGGUAGAGGCGAAGUCUGCUUCUGGCAGUGCAUUACCAUUUGAAGCCUAACCGAGUUUUCAUUGAAUCGUCGAACAGCACAGAUUGAACACGGAACAACUUUGGGAAAUGAGAAAAACGAAGCACAACAGCCGAAGUAUGUAUUAUUCAUUGAUUUUUUUGCCCCUUGAAUGAACAUGUAUG